GAAGUAAAGAGGGAGUUUUGGGACGCCUUGGAUGGGGUGGUUGUUGGUUUUCCACUGACUGAGAAAGUCAUCAUUGGAGGCGACUUCAAUGGCCAUAUUGGAGACUCGGCCGAGGGCUUCGAGGACGUGCACGGUGGUUUUUGGCUUUGGCAGCAGGAACCCAGCGGGAGUUUCACUCUUGGAGUUUGCCAGAGCGAGUGAUAUGGUGGUUGCUAACUCUUGUUUCCCAAAACGAGACGUUCAUUUGGCUACAUUUGUUAGUGGAGUGGGGACGACACAGAUCGACUAUCUUCUCCUACGCAGGUGUGAUCAAGUGCUCUACAAGGAUGCUAAAGUAGUUCCGAGUGAAAAAAUCACUACCCAACACAAGCUUAUGGUGAUGGAUGUCAUGAUCAGAUGGGUGAAACAUAGGAGAGCUUUGAGUGGCAGCACACAAAUCCGGUGGAGGAGACUAAGUGGGGAGAAUAUCUCUGAGUUGAUCAGGCGAGUGCAGGAGAAAGGUGCGUGGGAAUUGUUCGGAGAGGCUACAGAUAUGUGGACGCAGACUGCUAACUGUAUCAGGGAAACAGCCAGGGAAGUGUUAGGUGUGAGCUCUGGCUCUGGGAGUAGGCGUCAGGGUGAUUGGUGGUGGAGCGAUUCAGUCCGUAGUAAGGUGGAAGCUAAGAAGGUGGCAUAUUUGAGGUACAUGGGCUGCAAUGUUGAGGAAGAAAGAACGGCUCUACGAGUGGAGUACAAGCAAGCACGUAAAGAAGCCAAGUUAGAGGUUACGAGGGCAAAGAAUGCCGCGUUUGAAUGCCUCUACAAGGAUAAUGAGGAGAAAGGCGGUGUUAAUACACUGUUCCGGCUUGCUAAGGCGCGUGAGAGGAAGGCCCGAGAUUUGGACCACGUCAGAUGCGUGAAGGGGAGCGAUGAGGCCAUUCACCUCGUGAGGAGGUUAAUGGAAGAGUAUAGGGCUAGGAAGAAGGACCUCCAUGUAGUGUUUAUUGAUCUUGAGAAGGCGUACGAUAGGGUGCCAAGGGAGGUCUUAUGGAGGUGCCUUGAGACGAGAAGAGUUCCCAUCGCGUACACUCGUGCGAUCAAGGAUAUGUACGAUGGGGCUAUGACUAGGGCGGAUGGGGAGUUAGACGGGGAUGUUGGACAUCGUGUUGGAGUGGCUUGGGCCAAAUGGCAGUUGGCCUCAGGGGUGUUGUGUGACCCGAAGAUUUCACCCAGGAUGAAAGGUAAGUUCUACCGAUUCGUAGUCAGACCUGCUAUGUUAUACGGGGCAGAGUGUUGGGAGGUUAAGAAGACUCAUGUGUGUCGUCUGCAUGCGGCGGAGAUGCGGAUGUUAAGAUGGAUGUGUGGGAAGACAAGGUUGGAUAGGAUUUCGAACGAAGUUAUCCGACGUCAGGUAGGCAUGGCGCCGGUGGAAGAUAAGUUGCGAGAAGCGAGGUUGAGAUGGUUAGGGCAUGUGAGACGGCGGGAUGCUAAUGCCCCUGUGCGGAGGUGCGAGAGGAUCACGGUUAUCGGUGGAAGCGAGAGGAUGGUGAGGGAUGUAAAAGGAGAUGAUGCUAACUUCCCCAAUGCUGCCCAUUAUGAUUCCUCGUGUAGGGAAAAUCGCCAUGACAAGGAGGGCGUAGGGGAGCGGCCGAUUGUCGGAGGUGGCCGUGAACAUGUGAGUCAUCACAAAUUUACACCAAUUGAGAUUGGCGUUGUGAAUCAUCGCAUGAGUUGUCUUCGUGUCCUCGUGAGAGAGAGUGGUGUGAUUGAACUUCCUGGGCUUGGGAAUCCGUGUCAAAACAUAAAAAAUGAAUCGAAACACGGGGCUCAUGGAAGCAAUCGUAGGGCGCCGCUGUUGGGGAGUGGGGACGAAGUGUCGAAUGCCCACUUCCUCCAAGAGAGCGGUCUCAUUGAACCGCGCUCUUUCUUCUCCGACGUAGAGCCCGAGAUCCUGUCCGUCCCGUCGAAGCCCUGUGAGAAUUUGAAUGUUUUCCUCAUUCAAAUAGAUGUCCACCCCGUUGACGUUAGAGAUCAACGCUCCGUCCUCAUCCUUUUUCAAGUUCGAGUAGAAAGAUCGAACAAGAAAGGGUUGAUAAUUGACCUUCUUGAUGUCGAGGAGAUCGAGGAAGUUUCCACGUUCGAGGAUAACCCGUGCCUCACGUGAAAUGGAGUCAUGAAUGAAGCGGGCUGUGGAGA